CCUGGGAGAGGGGCUGUGGGGUUCGCCAAAGUCCCAAGCAAGGUUGGGGCUGAAAGAAGGGACAGUGGCAGAGAGCGGGAGGCAAGGGUGAUGGCUGCCAACACUCCCUUCCCUCUUCUGAAGCAGGCAGUGGUGCCCCAAGGGGCAGGCUCCAGCUCCCAUUCUCCUCCUUUAGGCUCCAAAGCCCUGCCAGGCAGAAGCGGGCAGGAAGGUUUCCCCCUGGAAUAAGGGGUUACUUGUUGAAGUAGCCCAAGGGGGAAGAAAACAUCCAGCCCCGCUCCACAAGCUAAGAACACUGUAAGGCUUAGUCCGAGGGCUGGCAAUGGUGGACCCAGGCCAGAGGCAUGACCCAGCCGGGAAGGCUGGCCUGUCUCUCUCAGGUCUGAGGAAAUGAGGGUACUUGGUGUCUGUCCGUGCCAGGGCUGGUCGUGGGCCUUGGGAGGGCAACGAGGAGAGGCAGGAAGGAAAGAAAGGGUUCCAGGUCUUUUUCCGGCGCUGAGGAUUAAGAGUUGUGUCUCUAGGCUUCCAGAACCCAGUCUCAAGGGACACCUUCUUCACACCGCCAAGGCGACCAGGCCGCCUCUCCUCGAGCGCCCGGGAGGCAGUGGCUGUGUGCGCAUGCGCAAGCCGGAAGCCUCCUCUGUUUCCCGCCUUUUCCCAGGUGCGCGGCGCUUCCUCCACCGCCGCUCCUCCCUACCGGUGGGCCCGCUUUUGGGGCUAAUGCGCAGGUGCGGAGCAUUCUCCUUGCCCCUCCCCCAUUCUCGUGGGGAGGAGAGGGCAGAAAAAAGAACCGCGAGAAAGAGAGCAAUUAACAAGGAGGCAAGGGUUGGGGAGAAGGCGAGGAUUCCUCCUCCGACGGCUCGCAGGCAGAGCCACACCUCCAGCGCUAGCGCCCCGCCCCGGCUCUGAAUUGCCCGAGGACCUGGCCCCGCCCCCUACCCCCAAGCAGUGGCUCAGCGGCACCCAGUUCUCCCCCUCCAGCGGAUGCGCCGGGUCGCAUUCUAGGGGAUACCUACGUGGGAAGGGACCCAGGAGAAUUGAUGGAGUCAGCCGAGGGAGAGGGGCCCGCCGGGGCCGCUGGGGCCCCGGCCUCGAAGAAGGACAAAAAGGGGUCCAAGAGCCGUAGCCGCCGGCGGUGGCGAAAAGUCAAGACCAAAGCCUCGCGGCUCAUGCACAGCAUGGACCUACACACAAUGACACAGUCACUGGUGACGCUGGCGGAGGACAACAUGGCCUUCUUCUUGAGCCAAGGCCCUGGGGAGACAGUACGGCGGCUGUCGAGAGUCUUUGCGGGAAUUCGGGAGCAGGCGCUGGGGCUGGAGCCAGCCCUGGGCCACCUGCUGGGCGUGGCGCACCUAUUUGACCUGGACGCAGAGACGCCAGCCAACGGGUACCGCAGCCUGGUGCACACGGCCCGUUGCUGCCUGGCACACCUGCUGCAUAAGUCGCGCUAUGUGGCCUCCAACCGCCGCAGCAUCUUCUUCCGCGCCAGCCACAACCUGGCAGAGCUGGAGGCCUACCUGAUUGCCCUCACGCAGCUCCGCGCCCUGACCUACUACGCCCAGCGCCUGCUGACCACCAACCAGCCCGGGGAGCUCUUCUUCGAGGGUGAUGAGGGGAUCACCGCCGACUUCCUGCGCGAGUAUGUCACUCUGCACAAGGGCUGCUUCUAUGGCCGCUGCCUGGGCUUCCAGUUCACACCCGCCAUCAGGCCAUUCCUGCAGACCAUCUCCAUCGGGCUGGUAUCCUUCGGGGAGCACUACAAACGCAACGAAACCGGUCUCAGUGUGGCUGCCAGCUCCCUCUUCACCAGCGGCCGCUUUGCAAUCGACCCAGAGCUGCGUGGGGCCGAGUUUGAGCGUAUCACUCAGAACCUGGAUGUGCACUUCUGGAAAGCCUUCUGGAAUAUCACUGAGAUCGAGGUGCUAUCGUCUCUAGCAAACAUGGCAUCGGCCACUGUGAGGGUAAGCCGCCUGCUCAGCCUGCCACCAGAGGCCUUUGAAAUGCCGCUGAUCGCUGACCCCAAGCUCACAGUCACCAUCUCACCCCCCUUGGCCCACACGGGUCCCGGGCCAGUCCUCGUCAGGCUCAUCUCCUACGACCUGCGUGAAGGACAGGACAGUGAGGAGCUCAGCCGCCUGGUGAAGUCUGAGGGUCCGAGAAGCCUAGACCUGUGGCCUCGGCCGCAGCAGGCACCCCGCUCACAGUCCCUCAUCGUGCACUUCCACGGGGGUGGCUUCGUGGCCCAGACUUCCAAGUCCCACGAGCCCUACCUCAAGAGCUGGGCCCAGGAGUUGGGCGUCCCUAUCCUCUCCAUCGACUACUCCCUGGCCCCCGAGGCCCCCUUCCCCCGAGCUCUGGAGGAGUGCUUCUACGCCUACUGCUGGGCCGUGAAGCACUGCGCCCUCCUCGGCUCGACAGGCGAGAGGAUAUGCCUCGCAGGGGACAGCGCAGGCGGGAACCUCUGCUUCACCGUCUCCCUUCGGGCAGCAGCCUAUGGGGUGCGGGUGCCAGAUGGCAUCAUGGCAGCCUACCCGGCCACAAUGCUGCAGUCCACCGCCUCUCCCUCCCGCCUUAUGAGCCUCAUGGACCCCCUGCUUCCCCUCAGCGUGCUCUGCAAGUGCGUCAGUGCCUAUGCGGGUGGGGAGACAGAGGACCACUCUGACUCGGACCAGAAGGCGCUGGGCAUGAUGGGGCUGGUACGGCGGGACACAGCCCUGCUCUUCAGGGACCUCCGCCUGAGUGCCUCCUCGUGGCUCAACUCCUUCCUGGAGUUGAGCGGGCACAAGUCCCACCUGAAAUCAGUGUCCAUGGGAGAGCCAAUGCGGCGCAGCGUGUCUGAAGCAGCGCUGGCCCAGCCUGAGGACCCGCUGGGCACAGACCCCCUCAAGAGCCUGACACUGCAUGACCUGAGCCUCAGGGGCAGCACGGAAACAUCGAACACCUCUGAGCUGUCACUGUCAGCCGAGAAACUCGGCCCCUCCACACCCUCAGACGUCAACUUCUUACUUGGGUCUGAGGGUGCGCCAGAAGAGGUUGAGGCCCAGGAUGAGUCGAACACCAAAAACAGAGGCCACAGUGUUAGUGCCGCCUUCCCGGAGGGCUUCCACCCCAGGCGCUCCAGCCAGGGUCCCACGCGGAUGCCCCUGUAUUCAUCGCCCAUCGCCAAGAACCCCUUCAUGUCACCGCUGUUGGCACCUGACAGCAUGCUGCAGAGCCUGCCACCAGUGCACAUUGUGGCGUGCGCGCUGGACCCCAUCCUGGACGACUCGGUCAUGUUUGCACGACGGCUGCGAAACGUGGGCAAGCCUGUGACGCUGCGCGUUGUGGAGGACCUGCCACAUGGCUUCCUGAGCUUGGCAGCAGUGUGCCAGGAGACGCGGCAGGCAGCAGCGCUGUGCGUGGAGCGUAUCCGCCUGAUCCUCACUCCGCCUGGGCCCUCCUUGCCGCCGGUUUGAGCCACCAGCGGGAGCCAGGCCGCGUGGGGACGUGGGGGCUGUGGGGGGCGACACUAAAGGCUUCUUGUUCCCAUCUGCAUCGGCCUCCGUGGUGAAUGCGCCCAGGGAAGGACGGUGACUACAAGGGGCUCCUGGCCGCUCCGGUCGCUCCCUCCCUGCCUCGGGCGGCUGGAGGGGGUGGUCUGUGCCUUAAGUGAGGUGGGGAGACGACGGAGGGGGAGGGGGCUCACUCAAACCAGUCUCCUAGACGGCUGGACCUGCACGCCACCACUGCCUUCUGCUGCUGCAACCACCGCAGGGGCGGGGCCUGGCCCUACCUGCAGGUCGGUUUGUUUUUGUUUGUAAAUAAAAGUAUUUAAUUAGUUUGG